CAUUCGGAGAGAGGCUCAGAGAGCGAGCGGGGAGGAGAGGGAGGAGGAGGGAGAGAAAGGGAGAAAGGAAGGAGCCGGCGGGCGCUGCGUGUGUCUGAGUGUGCGAGUGUGAGUGAGUGUGAGUGCUGGGCUCUGCCUCUCCUGCUUCCCCCAGCAGAGGGGUUGGGUGGCCUGGGGAGGCGGGCGGGCUGCUUGGAGGCAGAGGCAGCGAGAGGCGGCGGCGGAGAGAGCCGAGGAGGAGGAGGAGGAGUAGAGAGGAAAGAGCGGAGCAGCCAUUGUUGAGGGAAACCUUGCAAACAAAGAAGGCUCCGGACUCCCUGCUGCCCCCCGCCCCCCAGGCCAGCCCCCUGGCCCCCGUCCCCUGGCCCAGUGGCCAUUGUAACUUUCCCCCGGGGCUGUGGCCGCCACGGGGCUAGCGGAGGCUGUGCGUGCCAGUCUUUGUGCGGCUGGCGGAGUGGAGCUCCCAGCCAGGCCCGCCUGUCCCACUCGGGACAUGAGCGGCUGAAGUUGGUCCCACCUCAGUCCUUACCCCCGCCUGGGACCCUCUGGGCUUCCAGACGCUCCCCGCACCUCUCCUGGCCCCCUCAGUUCUCCCAGGUUGUUCCUCAAAGUCAUUCAAGCUGUACUCACCGAAAGAGCCCCCGAACGGCAACGCCUUCCCUCCCUUUCAUCCCGGCACCAUGCUGGAUCGGGAUGUGGGCCCAACUCCCAUGUACCCACCUACAUACCUGGAACCUGGGAUUGGGAGGCACACACCAUAUGGUAACCAAACUGACUACAGAAUAUUCGAGCUUAACAAACGGCUUCAGAACUGGACAGAGGAGUGCGACAAUCUCUGGUGGGAUGCUUUCACGACUGAGUUCUUUGAGGAUGAUGCCAUGUUGACCAUCACUUUCUGCCUGGAGGAUGGACCAAAGAGAUACACUAUUGGCCGGACCUUGAUCCCACGCUACUUCCGCAGCAUUUUUGAGGGGGGUGCUACGGAGCUAUAUUAUGUGCUUAAGCAUCCCAAGGAGGCAUUUCACAGCAACUUUGUGUCCCUCGACUGUGACCAGGGCAGCAUGGUGACCCAGCACGGCAAACCCAUGUUUACCCAGGUGUGUGUGGAGGGCCGGUUGUACCUGGAAUUCAUGUUUGAUGACAUGAUGCGGAUAAAGACGUGGCACUUCAGCAUUCGGCAGCACCGAGAGCUCAUCCCCCGGAGCAUCCUUGCCAUGCAUGCCCAGGACCCCCAGAUGUUGGAUCAGCUCUCUAAAAAUAUCACCCGGUGUGGAUUAUCCAAUUCCACUCUCAACUACCUCCGACUCUGUGUGAUACUUGAGCCCAUGCAGGAGCUCAUGUCCCGUCACAAGACCUACAGCCUCAGCCCCCGAGACUGCCUCAAGACCUGCCUUUUCCAGAAGUGGCAGCGCAUGGUAGCACCCCCCGCGGAGCCUGCACGGCAACAGCCCAGCAAACGGCGGAAACGGAAGAUGUCAGGGGGCAGCACCAUGAGUUCAGGGGGUGGCAACACUAACAACAGCAACAGUAAGAAGAAGAGCCCAGCCAGCACCUUCGCCCUCUCCAGCCAGGUACCUGAUGUGAUGGUGGUGGGGGAGCCCACCCUGAUGGGCGGGGAGUUCGGGGACGAGGACGAGAGGCUCAUCACCCGGCUGGAGAACACCCAGUUUGACGCGGCCAACGGCAUUGACGACGAGGACAGCUUUAACAACUCCCCUGCACUGGGCGCCAACAGCCCUUGGAACAGCAAGCCUCCGUCCAGCCAAGAAAGCAAAUCGGAGAACCCCACGUCACAGGCCUCCCAAUAAAGGCCCUGCCUUGGUCACCCAGUGCUCUGCCUGCCUGCCCCACCCCUCGUAGCCCCAGGGAGCAGAAGACAGAAGAAGAGACUGAGCAUCUAAAAUGGGCAGCCUCCAUCCACCCACUUCAGGGAGGAACUGGACUCGCUGGGGGCAGGUGCCAAGAUGUGCCCCCCAGUGGCCCUGGGCUGGGCCUGGCCCCUGCAGAGCCUUUUGGGGGAAGGGGUUACUCAUGUGGAUGCCUACGUGGACCCUGGACCUCUGAAAAAUGUUUUGACCAUCCCCCCAGGGCAUUUGCCUCCAUCUUUACCCCAAGUUCUGGGUUCCCCUUUGUCCUGGCUUAUCUCCUUCAAGACUGGGGCUGUCCAUACCCACAGCCCUUAGGGGUUAAGGUCAUGGGGCUUGGUUGAAUGCCCCUUCCCCUAGGUGGCUGGUAUUAGAGGGGUGAAGCUCUGGGCUCCUUGUUCCUUUCUGCCACUUAUCCCAGCUCCAACAAGUUUUUUAAAGAAUAAUAUUAUUAAAAAUGUAAGUUUAAAAAAAAAAUCACUCAUGUUCCCCCUCUUCCCCUUAUUAAAGUCUAGCUACCUCCCUCCUCCUGGUAGAUGGGCGAGCCUAGGGCCUAGGUGGAGGUAAGAGUAUGGGUGGAGGUAUGCAUACCAUUUUAUAUAGUUCAAGAGCUUCAGACCAAGGAGACACUUUGCCAUUUCCCCUUUUCCUCUGGGGUGACUGGAGUUGGGGAAGGCAUGCCGUGGGUGGGGGUGGGGCAUAGAUGGCCACAUCUUUUGACAACCCCCUGCUGUUGUCUCUGUCUCCCCAUCCUCCAGGACUCUAGCCUGCCCUCAGUGCUUGUGACUCCCUCUGUCCUACCCCACCCCAUCCAUGGUGUGUAUUUUUACCAGUCCUCCACUAGAGCAGCUGAUUUGGAUGAGGGGAGGGGAGGCUCUCUUCCUCAGGGAAUAUGGAGGGAAGGGAGCAGCCUUGUUUGUCACUGUAUUUUUUGUUUUGUCUCCAUUGGGCAGGCAUGGGAUGGGAUGGGAGAGGGGCUUAUCCACUCUUUACCAGAACCCUCUUGUCUUCCCCUGAUCCCUCAAACUGCAUAUCUCAUCCUAGCCUCCCCUCAGAGGGGAAGGAGCCAUUAAGGAUAUAUCCCAGCUCUAAGCCCACCAAGGAGAAAGGCCUCCAUCUCCAAGCUGAGGUAGAGGGUCAUCUCCCAACACCUCCCCUUCCUUAUAGAAGGGAGGAGGGGGCAGCCAGGAUCCUCAGCUCCUAUUCACACUUGGACCUAUGGAGGAUUAGGGCAAGGGUCCCACCCAGAUCCUGGUUUUGCUGCCUUUUCCUGUGGCCAGUCCCAGGAAGUUUCAGCGUCACCUCUCUCACUCUUCCCUCUGGAUUAUGGAGUUCCCGUGCCCUGUUUCCUUCACUCCAACUGCCACUUUGGGGAGGGUACUGUGUCAGGAGCUGAGGGAAGGGGUGAGGAAGGUGGAUGUCCCACCCCAACUGUAAUGCCUUUUUUUUUUUUUUUUUUUUUUUUUGGGCCAUUUGAGUCAUGUAUGGUACUGAUCAAUAAACAGACUUUUUGGUU